AUGAUGCACACAAGACCCCUAUUCAGAUCAUUGUCUCCCCUGAUAUCGACGGACCUCUGGCCCACUGUCUUCAAGGCAUCCAGGGCGCGUGGUCAGCUACGAGUAUCUGUCAUGACCGAAGAUGUUGCCAACUUGGCUGCGGCGUCAAUGAAGUUUGAGUCACACCCUAACCGAUCUGUCCUCGAGAUCUUCUCGGGGCCUGGUCAACUUACGAGAUCGAUGUACCUAGCUGGAGCAAAGAAGAUUAUCACCGUCGAGAACGGUGAUACGUUUCAGAGUUCUCUGAAGGCGUCUAACAAGAUCAACUUCCCAUUCCUUGAAACACAGAAACUGGAAGACGAGUCAAAUGGAGCGAUCAAGAACUACAACAUGAACCCACUCUCAGAUCCAUUCGACGAACUCUUGGGCCCCAAGGUCAACGCGAUCCCCGAUCUGGUCCCGCAGGAUUGGGAGAAUAUCCAGUCGAAUGUGUUGUUGGUGGGGACCAUCCCUAAUUCGACAUUGGGCGAGAAAUGUUUACAUGACUUGUUGACAGCUUCCACUGAGAAGAUGGGAAUCUUCAAGUAUGGGCGCGUUGAAAUGUAUAUAUUUAUGUUCAAGGAUGCCGCCAAGAGGUUGAUUUCGCCGCCAGGAACUCCGUCGAGGAACAGAGUGAGCGUCUUGGCUGAAGCGGCUGCAGAGAUGACACAAAUCAUGCGACCCGGAGCUACUCACUUCCAUUUGCCAUACGACUACGAGCUCGUGCACUUUGCCCCUCACAAGGUGCCCAAGCUUGAUGUACCGAUGGAAGUAUUUGAUUUCUGCCUGAGGAGUUUAUUCACCAGCAAGUCGAACCCUCUCAACAAAGUCAUCAAAUUGCUGGGACCUGGAGCAGAUAUCUUGCUAAAGAGACUGAGUUUCGACCACAGCAUAAAGGUCAAGCACAUGUCGUUGGAGCAAUUAAACGAGGUGGCCUUGAAGUUUGAGCAAUGGCCUCUUCGACCCACAGUCCUCUAUGACGACAUGAUCCUCCACGAGCACAAAAAGAAGCGUUAA